AUGAUCCCCUCUACGUUUGCCCCAAGCAUCUCGCGGCGAGAUACAGCCAAGUCCGGUGGUGGAUUUGAAGGGGGAUAUGGCAUCCCACCUCCAGUCAUCAGCGGAGGGGGCCUUCUCGGCCCGCAAAGUGCAGGCGCGAUCUAUCAACAUAUCCAUGAAAUGGCCGCGAAACGGAUAGCGACUCUCGACUAUUUGAGAAAGGCUCACGAAGGACGAGUUUAUUGGUUUAAUACUGUGCAUUUCUCCCGGGCUGACAUCGCCCGCCUGCCAUACUUUGAAGCCCGGAAACUUUCUCGCCGCGCAAUCAAUUAUCUGCUUCUAGGCUUGUCAUUGCCAACAAUCCUAGAUGUUAACUCCACGCCGUUCGAGUAUGUACGUGCCCUGAAUGCUUUAUUACUGGAAUUCGAAACAUUCCAGCAAGUGCAUCCCCCAGAUGGCAGCUCCUCGUCAAGUCUUGCAAGGGCCCGUAUACCCCAAAUGUUCAAGCGGGCGACACAUACAGGUACCAAGACCCGACGUGCGAGCUCUGCAAACGAGAUCGGACUCCCAAUGCAAUCCAGCGACCCAUCAGAUCUGAAGAGCACGGCAGGGAAUCUCGGGUCGGCUUCCUCUGCGGCGGCCUCGGUCACCUCCUUCCCACUCACAGAGUCUUCGGAUCUUCUUCCUGGCGAGGAGUAUACUUAUCUUCUCACGCCAUCGUUGCCAUUCGAGCCGGACUUCUUUGAGACAUUUGCAACCUUAUGUGAUGUCUUGAUUGACACUUAUAGCCGGCUCACUGCUCUAGUAUCAUCUCCAGCUGUCUGCACGGUGGCCCUGGGCGAAACAUUUUCCAAAGCAGAUGCCAGGUUACGAAAGAUCAUGGUGGCCGGCGCAGUGCGUGAGUUCGAAGACGCGAGCCGAAAUGGCGUCAAGAGCGAAGUUGCUGGGGUCAGUCGGGUGGUACUUGGUGGUUUAUUGGGAUAA